AUGGCUAAACCAACGUCGUCGUCCACCCUCCCUUCAACUGCCUUGCCGACUUCCUCGUCCCGCACGCCACAAAUCAUCGCCGCUGUGGUGACAGCGGCUGCGGCACUCGGCGCUGGCAUACUUUUUGCGGUGGUGUCGAGCGGCAGUGCGGGUGGUGGCGGAGGCAGCCGGCGCGCCUUCCGGUCUGAGGGCGCCAUCCAGGAGCCGCGGCAGGCUGUCGUCGAGGCGCUGGAGGCGAUACGUGGUGGGCGGUGCAGGGCGUGCGGCGAGCUCGUGUCCUUCCUGCGUGGCCCUCCCCAAUCUCCCGUGUCGCCAGCUGCUUUUCUUGGCGUUCUCGGGGCCGCGGCAGCCACCGCUACCGAAAGGCCACCUCCGUCGAAUGCGCACUGCCUGCGAGUCCCAGCCUCCGUGUUACACUACAUCCAGGAGAGCUACUUGCCCGCUACGCGGCGUCAGCUGGUCGAGGCGCAGCAGAAACAGCAGCCCUCCCCCGCCACGCCUGCUCUGCAAGUAGAAUACAACCUGUUUGCGCAGAUGGUCGCCGCGGACGUGACGCUGCGUGCGCUGAACGUGGAGCGGGCGACUCCAUUCGACAAGGACGAUCGCAGUCACACGAACCUCCUCCAGCAGCUCUGGAUGGCGGCAGGGAAGCCGGCGACGACGUACAGCCCCGUUGGGCAGCACUGGGUCAGCAUCGGCUUUCAGGGCGCAGACCCCGUGACAGACCUCCGCGGCGGUGGCGUACUGGCGCUCCGACAGCUCGUCCACUUUGCGCAAGCGCACAACACCGCUUUUCGCGAGAUGCUUGCUUACAACGAGCGUGUGCAGCGGGACGGCAAGCACAGCUGGUACCUGCUUGCCGUCGUCAGCAUCCAACUCACCACCCAACUCAUGCUCGAGCAGGAUCACCCCCUGCAUGUGGCGCAUUUGGAGAUGGUCUACGAUACGCUGCGCCUCGGAGCUGCCGGUGAUGCGACGGCCAAGACUGUUAGCCGUCGUGCUGUGGCGGAGCAGAGGGGCGUAAGGCUCGGCAGCACACGUGCCGCGGAUACGGCGGCGUUUUGGGACCUUUGCAAGAGUGCGUGCAGUGCCGAGGCGGGCAUGUUCGCGCUGCACCACGCGCUGCUGCUUCACUUCAAGGAGUGCUGGACCCGGGACGAGCCGCACGUGAUGGAGUACAACACGUACAUGUCUGCCAAGGUGUUCAGCACCUUCUUCACCACGAAAUGGGCAGACAAAACGCUACCGGCGCCGUAG